AUGUCCUAUGGAGCCAAUACCACCACCAACAUUGGAACCACCCUUGGGAUUGCAAAGAAACACAAACGUGGCCAUGAAAAGGUCAUCAAUAAUGGAAGGCCACCAGACACAACAGACAAACUUGUUGAUGAAAAGAAAAAGAAAAAAAAUUCAAGCUUGGGAGACCGCCAAAGGCAACAAACUUCAACAAAAGCCUCUGCCCAUUAUGGCUCUCUGGAAUCAGUGGUCAUGGGAAGGAUGUCUUUACUUCAAUUGCUCAUUACUUCUCAUGUUGAUCAACUGGGAAACUUAAUGGCAGCAAAGCAUCUUUAUCAACUGGGAAACUUAAUGGCAGCAACACAAUUUGAUCAACAUGACAUUUGA